CCUCUAUCAACAAUGCCAGGUUGUGGUCCAGUGUGUGCCAUCCCCUCCUGUGCUUCUGAAACCACCGUUGGAUUUGGAUCAAGAGGUCUGGGAGGCUAUGGAAAUCAGGUCUAUGGUGGCUUCGGUUAUGGCGGUUUCGGUGGUUUGGGAUUCGGAGGAUCAGAAUUAGCCAGCAAUCUUGGCGUUCUGAAUGGAAUCAUUCCUUCCUGCAUCAACCAGGUCCCUUCAUCAGAGGUUCUGAUCCAGCCCGCUCCUGUUGUUGUCACCAUCCCAGGGGCCAUCCUCUCUGCAACCUGUGAGCCUGUUGCUGUGGGAGGCAAUGCUCCAUGCGCCGUUAGCGGCAUUGGCCUGGCAGGAGGCUUGGGCCAUCGUGGCUUUGGCUAUGGCAUUGGCAACCGGGGCUUUGGGCUCUCGAGGCAUGGAUAUCUUGGAUAUGGGCGCCGUGGUAGCAUUUGUACCUAGACCCAUGAAACUGGAAAAGAACGACCAUGAAUAACCUAUGAUUUUUUGGAUCUGUUACCGAGUGUCUCAGUCUGAUCUCCUGCAAUCACUACUGAAGCCAAGACAGUGUUCAAGAACUCUGUGAGGCCCUUUCUUCUCCUCCAUUUCCACUUUUGAAUGUCUGAAGCCCAAUAAGCAGCAACCACAGUUGUCUUGUUUUUUGUGCUUUGUCAUGUUCCUUGUCUGUUUCCUUGACUGUCGACCUGUUCUUCCCAUCUUUUAAAUAAAGCUCAU